CGCGCAAUUCCCGAAGCUUUGUGAGCUGCGUCGAAAGUUUCCUGUUCUGUACCGCGUGGAGUUUCAGCCACGGAGGAACUCGGUAGCAGCAUGAGUACCACCCUGCCGUCCGCACCCACCGAACUCGCGCAAUUCCCGAAGCUUUGUGAGCUGCGUCGAAAGUUUCCUGUUCUGUACCGCGUGGAGUUUCAGACGGCAACGAAGGUGGAGACGCACUCUUGUAGACACGCCAUGAAGCUGGCCAACAAAGAGAAGAAUCAGAACCAGAGGUGUAUUCCUUAUGACUACAACAGGGUGGUUUUGGACCCUAUCGAAGGCGAGCCCGACUCCGAUUACAUUAACGCUUCUUAUGUAGAUAGUAUAUUGAAACCGAACGCUUACAUCGUGACUCAGGGACCCAUGGAGAACACCGUGACAGAGUUCUGGCGGAUGGUGUGGCAGGAGAAGGCCUGUUGUAUCGUCAUGCUGACGAAAACCUUCGAUUUCAUCAGGGUGAUGUGCGUGCAGUAUUGGCCAGCCAGCAAAGACAAGGACGAGGAGUAUGGCGGUAUCGGUGUUUCCGUGCUGAAGGAAGAGGAGCUCGCCAAUUUUCACAUACGGACGAUAAGGCUUUACAAGAAGAACGACAACGACGAAGUCACAGAAGAAAGAACGCUAUUGCAGUUCCACUACACGGAAUGGCAUUCGCACACGUGUCCAUUUGGAAACGCGGUUUUAGAGUUCCGUCGACGCGUGAGGGCUGUGGUCGGGUCCACCAUAAAGAACGAGUCUGGACCCAUGGUGGUGCACUGCAAUGACGGUGGCGGAAGAUCCGGUGUGUACCUGGCUAUAGACGCGAAUAUGGAACUUGCUGAAGAGGAAGACGCCUUCGACGUCUUUGGCUACUUAAAAAAGUUGCGGCAAAGCAGGAGAGGACUCAUCGAGAACUUGGAACAGUAUAAAUUCGUAUACGAUACGUUGGAGGAAUUCGUGGUGUGUGGCACCUCCUGGUUUCCGGUCUCAGAAUUAUCUCAACGUCUGAAACAAAAGAGCAUAAAAAAUCCAAUAACCAAGAUGAAUGAAUAUCAGCGGGAGUAUCAGCAAAUUUGUAAGCAAACGCCACGUUUUACGAUCGGAGAUUGCGCCGGGGGCCACAGGGCCGAUAACAGGGAAAAGAACAGGGACGUGCUGGUUGUGCCGCCUGACAACUUUCGACCAUACCUCACCAGCUUCCAGGGUAACAGUUACACUGACUACAUAAACGCUGUCUUUGUGGACGGUUACACGAAGCCCAGAGAAUACAUAGUAACGGAAUGGCCCCUUCGACACACGUGUGGAGAGUUCUGGUCCUUAGUUUACGACUACGAAUGCGCAGCUGUGGUUGUUCUCUGUGUACCUCCGCCAGGCUCCACCAACUUUCCCAGCUUUUGGCCCGAGGGAAAGCACUCGAAGAAAUACGGUCCUGUAUUUACGAUUGAUCACAUCAGCCACAAUCACUAUACAAACAUUAAAACCUGGAUUUUUAGGAUAAACAAGAAAAUCGUGUCGCUAACUGAGCUGAUGGCUGGUGUAAAAGCUCCACCAAAGACGGUUCAGUUGUUCCAGUUGACCUGCUGGCCAAUGGGUCACAAGGUACCGACGUCGACGAAUAGUCUGGUGGAACUGAUGAAUAUGGUCGAGAGAUGGAGGCAACGAACGGACUAUGGACCGGUUGCUGUGGUCUCCCCAGAUGGCAGGAGUCGUUGCGGCGUGUAUUGCGCCGCAAACGCGUGUAUAGAACAAGUGAUUCAACACGGAGAAGUGGACAUUUUCCAGGCAGUUAAAACAGUGCGCAGGCACAGACCUCAGCUCGUUGAGAACAUGACCGAGUACAAAUAUUGCUACGAUCUAGUGCUGCACUAUGUGCUCCACUAUCUGAACAAAGACAUGAACGAGAAAAAGUGAGAAAGCGAGUUGAGGGACGAGCU